GCUCGUUGGAAAGUGGUAAGCUAAACCAAACUGAUUUGAAGAAUUUCAGCUUCGAUCCUGUUAACUUCACCAAACAACCAAUCUGUGAUGAAAGGAUGAUGAAAAAUGAAGUGCUGAAAAAAAUCGCAGGAGUACUGUUAGCAACAAAUCAAAAUGAUGAUGAUGAACAUCCAGAUAACUGCUUUUAUUUUGAAGACACCAUAGUAUGUAACAAUUUUGAAAUUAAUGUGGAAAAUCUGGGAAAGCUCUUCUUUCCUCUGGACAAGAACUAUAUUGAACAAUUGAUUUCCAUUUCUUCUGAAGCCAAAUUUGGAAUGGGUGAAAAAACUGUAUAUGAUAAAGAGUUUCGUAAUACUCAGAUGAUUGAGUCAGAUAAGUUAGAUGUUAAAAUCAAUCAGAAUAUUUUUGAUGAUAUAACUAGUAAGAUACAUAAAGCAUUGAAUCUAUCGCCAAGAACCACUUUGAGGGCUCACUUACAUAAUAUGUUGAUAUAUAGUCCUGGACAGUUUUUCAAAGAGCAUAGGGACUCUGAAAAAAUUAAAAAUAUGGUUGCAACAUUAGUAAUUGUGCUACCUUCACAUCAUGUGGGAGGAAAUUUAAUAAUUAAACAUAAUAACUAUAAACAUACAUUCUCCUCAGAAAACAUCUGUGAAAAUAAUGCUCGAUGCAUAUGCUUUUUUUCUGACUGUUUACAUGAAGUGAAAGAAAUCAAGGAUGGCUUUCGAGUUGUUUUGACUUAUAAUAUUAUCUUGGAUAUAAACGAAAGUAUUGAUGACAAACCAUUACAUAACAAAUAUUUAGAAGAUGCAGUGCGGGAAUAUUUUCAUGAUGAGGUGAACCAAGCUAAUUAUUCAAAAAAGAAAAAAGAGUCCAAGAAGCUGAUAUUUCUCCUUAACCAUUCUUACUCUGAACACAGUCUGAAUUGGCACUUACUCAAAGGUGAAGAUUAUCGAACUGCUUUCGCCUUCCGUUCUGUUGCCGAUAAUUUGAACUUGUCUAUCCACAUUGUACUAAUUGAUAUUUGUCAGUCUUGGUCAACAACUGAAGGUAGUGAAUAUGCUUCAUCAGAUGAAGAAUUUGCACCUGAUCUUGAUUCCUUCAUUGAAUCCAUAGAUUCACUCUUUUACUGGGUUGAUAAAAAUAAUGAAGAAGUAAAGUAUGCUAAAUAUGAAGCACAAACACAUGAAUUUUGUUUCACACAAGAAACUAAUUAUGAGAAUUUUCACAUAUUAAAAGAAGAAUUUUCUGGACCCACCGGUAAUGAAGGCAGCACAGUGGAUUAUUGGUAUAAAAGAGCAGCAGUUGUUUUGUGGAAAAAAUCAGACUCUAUAAAAGUAAAGUUUGAAUUGAAUUACCAAAAUGCAUUGAAUGAGUUAUUUGCUCUUGUUGACGCGCCAGGAAAUGAAAUUGAAGUCAAAGGAAUUUUAAGAGAUAUUGGUGAUUUGUUACAUAAAAAAAAUAUUAGUGAAAAAUAUAAAUAUCACGAUAAAAUAGUUAGUAAAAUCGUAGACUCACAAUAUUUCAACAACUUUUCAAAAAUUGCUUUAUAUGUUGAUGAUGAGAAUGAGGCCCACUUUAUUUUGUCAAAGUUUGAUGAAUCUGUUUUAGUUAUCGAAAACAUACCUGUGUUUAUACAACUUGAAGAUAAAUAUGGCAUUACUUGGUUUGAUACACUUAUUCAAAAUCUGAUGAAAAAUACUUCAUACAGAAAUUCUUUAAAUUAUAAAAUAAUUUAUUGUUUCAUUAGAAAAUAUUUGGAUGGCGGAGGUAGCCGAACAGUUAUGGAACAUUUUCUAGAGAUUGUAAUUGACUUGUUCACCUCUAAAGUUAAACUCUGGAAAUGUAAAUUUGAAAAGGGCUCCGACAGAUAUGAAGGAACCAUAGAACUCUUUAAAGCUUGUGUUCUGAUAAAUAUUUCUUAUAUUUAUGGAAAAUUGACAAAUUAUUUGACGUCAUCUUCCAAAGAAUUUCCAAGGGAUCAGUUAGUCAAAUUUUAUUUUGACUUACAAAAGUUUACUGUGACUAUGCCAUCCAUUGAAUUGAAAUCAUUUCGUAUUCAACUAAUUGAAACUUUAAAAGGGGAUAUUGCAAAAUCUCGAAAAGCUGAUGAUUGGUCAAUUUCCAAUCAUUUAUGGUGUCCUGAAUUUUGCGAUAACUGUUCAAUGGUAAGUGAAUUUCUCACAUCCAAUGAGAGAAUUAUGAAAAUAAAUGAAAACAUAUCUACUCAUAUACGGACACGACUGCAGCGUGAAAAUAUUCCAGUUGAUGUGAAUUUAGAAGGUAUGAACAAUAAUAUAACUGUAAUAACUAAACAAGAUACGAUCCACACUGAUGCACAAGCAGAAUGUAUAAAGUUGAAAACACUUUUAGAAUCUCUUCAAUGAAAACUAUAUUCAGUGUGAAAGGAAUAUCGAAUGUAUAUUUUAGUUUUGAAAAAAUGGAAGCAAAUUGAUAAAUAAUUUGAAGUUCUUAUUGUUCAAAAUGGCUUUAAUUGCCAAUCAACUACCCUUACGAGCCAUGGAAGUUUUGUAAGAUAUUCGUUAACAAAGAAAAGACUUACUGGGGUCUUACCAUCUACAUCUUUCCAAGCUCUACUUAAGAUAGAAUAAGAUUAUGUUGAAUUUCUUUUAUUUCAAUAAAAAAUGAUUAAAUUUAUUUUGUGGAUUAGUUGAAUAGUUCUCAAGUGCAAAUUCCAAAUUACAAAUUGUUUCAUAUUUUAAACAUUUUAUUAGUUUUAUUUAUAAAAGUGGUUGGAGAAGAUGAGAAAACUGAACAGAGAUGACCUUAAAAAAAAAUUGUAGCAGAAAGCUCUGAUUGAAAAAAUUAAGUUAUGUGAACAAAAAAAAAGUUUGAAAUAGAAUGAUUGGAGACUAAUAGAACAUGAGUGGCACAAUUCCCUCUAAAGAGUUUCUAACAACUUUAAACUUUGCGGGUGUUCAAAAUUUGUGAAGAAGUUUCAUUCAUUAUUAAUUCAACAAUGGUUAAAUUUGUGUAAGAUAAUUUGCUUAAGAUAAUGGCAUCAGUACUGAAUGUAAACGAAUAUAAAAUUUUCAACAUUGCUUUCUCAAUUCAAUAAGCCAUUUAGGUAAUUAUAUCUAUUAGAUGAUAACAGCAUGUUUGUUAAAUAGGCAUGAAUUUCAGUUUGUAUUUCAAUACAAAUGCCAGUUGAUUCAUCUCACCACCCUGUGAUUUAAAUCAUCUGCCAGUAAUUUUGCACAGCCAUAUUUUAACAAUAACCUAUGAAAGGAAAAUAUAACUUUUUGUCCUCUGAAAGUGACUAACAAAUACUCGGAAUUAUA